GCUGUCAAUGUAGAUGACAGUUUGUAUUUCAGAAUUUCACUCAAAUAUCAGUUUUCAUUUGUUAGCAAUUGUUUUUAAAAUUAUUUAAUAGUGAAUAAAAAAUGGCUGAAGACUACAAGCCGGGUCAAUUGCCGUAUCCGGAGCAGGAUGAACGAAAGCAGUUUUGCAAGUUCCACUAUAAGGGAGUCCUGCUCGUGCUGAUACCCAUCUUGUUGGGUCCCAUUCUACUCGGCCCCGAAGUUUUGGCUUAUCGCAUGUUAUAUCUCGGCAUUGUGGUCUAUUUGUAUUAUAUAUUAAAUCUCAUGUCACAGCUGGCAGUAGCGUUCCUAUUUGUUGUUUUUGUGCCCAUCUGCGGUAUAUCGGCAUCUAAAAUUAUUUGUGUUUCCUAUUACUCGGAUCUAAUGUUCGUCACAUUGGGCAGCAUAUUCAUGGGCGUCAUGAUGGACGUCUCGAAGCUUAGCGAGCGGCUGGGCAUGUUGGUAAUCGGUUGUGUUGGCAGCAAUUUGCGACUUCUUCAGGUUUUCCUCAUGUUUAUGACGGCCAUCACAUCGUUUUUUGUCAGCAGCACAUUUAUGGCUGCCUUCUGGAUGAAGAUCGCCCAGGCUGUGAUCCUGGAAUAUACCGCAGCCGGAAUUUUGGUGGCCGAAACGGAGGAGGAGACCUACGAGCGUCAGGCCAAGCCAUAUCCCACGGACCCGGCAAUUGGCAUAUAUCUAACAGUUGCCUAUUCAGCAACGCUUGGCGCCAUGUUGUCACCCUUCCAGGAUCCCAACGGACAGAUCUAUACCACCCUAAAGCCUUUAAUAUCUGUUGAUCCGGCUGGCUUCUUGCUUCUCUAUGCUGUUCCAUUGAUAUUCGGCUUUAUUGUGAUUGCACUUUGGAUAAAUAUGAUAUUUUUGGGUCUGUUUUGGGGCGAAACGAAAGACAUGGUUAGGGAAGCUGCCCAGUCCAAGGAUUAUAUAAAUCAGACCAUCGCGAACAAGAAGGAUAACAUGGGACCCUGGACGACUCACUCGAUUCUCACCCUGUUGCUGAUCAUAAUAACGGCCAUCUUAUUGUUCACACGUAUGCCGCUGCUUUGGACAGGCUGGGACGAUCAAAUCCCUGUGGUCAACUGCGGCGCCUCGGUGCCCAUCAUAUUAAUGUCGUUAUUUUUUUUUGCCGUACCGGCUAACUAUAUGUUCUGUCGCUAUUAUUGCUGCCGGCAGCCGCAGAAGGAGGGAACGGCUCCGGCUCUGGUAGGCUGGAAGAUUGUGAACGCCAACACGCCCUGGGGACAUCUAUUCAUGAUGGGCGCAGGUGGUGCCUUUUUAAGGGGCUACAAGGAUUCUAAGCUAAUGGAUUUGGUGAAUCAGACGAUCGCCAGACAAGGCUAUAGCAGCACCACCUGCGCCGUGCUGGCCAGCCUUCUGGGCACCCUGCUCACCAGCAUUGCGCCGGCCACAUUUGUGGCGAACAUUGUCUUAGGCUCUUUGGUCCCUUUGGGCAUACAAAUGGGCGUUGGUAAGGGCGGGCUGGCCGUGCCAUUUGCAGCCUCUGUUCAUAAUCAAUUCCUGCUGCCCGUAAGCACCACAGCCAACACCCUUGUCUCUGGCUGGGGCAAUAUUCGUCCCUUUCAGUUUCUGCUGGGCGGUAUUGUGCCCGCACUAUUCAUGUUUAUAUUCCUUGGCGUAUUUUCUGCUUUAUUCAGCAGUUCUGCUUAUAAAGGAAUUUAAGGAUCUGAUCGCACUUAAAGCCAAAAA